CCUCCGCAAGAAGCGUCAGGGACAAGUCCAAUUAGCUCUCACUCUUCCCAACUCUUCUGGUGACGUGUGAAGAGACAAGAGACAAGACCUUUAUCACACACUGAGCUGGAAGGGCUGCAGUUGUGUCAGCUUCCUGCUGGAAACCACUUCUGUCCAUCUCCAAAUGUCAAACCGAUAUGAAAGAAGAGAAGAAAAUACCAGGCUGACUGAAAGGAAAGAGCUUUUAUAAAUCCUCACUGGCAUCAAACAGAACAAAGAAUCUAAACUAUAUAAGCAAUGAAUGGAUCCCAAACACUGUGCUGGGCUUGGAAUAAUGGAUCUGAAUGGAUAAACAAGUCUGGAAACAUUGUAAAUGAUUAUCAACUGAUCGAUGUAUUUGAAACCAUCCUUCUUCCUUCUUUCAUUGGCAUUAUCUGUUCAACAGGAUUGGUUGGAAAUAUUUUCAUCUUAUUUACUAUCAUCAGGUCUGUGAGGAGGACUAUUCCAGAUAUUUAUAUUUGUAAUUUGGCAGUGGCAGAUUUGGUUCAUGUUAUUGGAAUGCCAUUCCUAAUCCAUCAGUGGGCACGAAAAGGAGAGUGGGUGCUUGGCAGUACUGUCUGCACUAUUAUCACAUCACUAGACAGCUGCAACCAGUUUGCUUGUUGUGCAAUUAUGACAGCAAUGAGCUUGGACAGGUACCUGGCUCUUGUUCAUCCAUUUCAUCUGACAAGUUUCAGAACCAGGUCAAAAACCGUUAAAAUCAAUUUGAGCCUUUGGGCAAUUUCACUUGUAUUGGUUCUUCCAGUCUGGAUGCAUGCAAAAGUCAUUAAAUUUCAGGAUGGCCUGGAAAGCUGUGCUUUCGAUCUGACUUCACCCCAGGACAUACUUUGGUAUACAUUGUAUCACACCUUAACUUCUUUCUUUGUUCCUUUGCCGCUGAUACUGAUUUGCUACGUAUUGAUUCUGUGCUACACAUGGGACAUCUAUCAGGAAAACAAGAGGAAUGGAAGGUAUGAUGUAACCAUCCCCAGAGCGCGGCUCAAGCGACUAACCAAAAUGGUCCUGGUUUUGGUGGGUGUUUUCGUCGUUAGUUCAGCGCCAUACCACGUGAUGCAACUGGUGAAUCUCAAAAUCACUCAGCCGACCACAGCAUAUUUCAUUGGCUAUUAUAUCUCUAUCUGCCUCAGCUAUGCCAGUAGCAGCAUUAACCCAUUUCUCUACAUGUUGCUCAGUGGCAACUUCCAGAGGAGGCUGACUCGCUGCACAAAGAUUCAAAUGAAAGCAACUGAACAUGAAAUUAUUAAUAUAGAGAGCACAAUAAAGUCAAGUUAUUAAAUAUAAGUGUUAUUAAGGCUGAGAUA